AUGGCUGCUAAUAUGAUGCUGUCACUUGAUACACUACCGGUCGAAAUUCUGCAUCGAAUUUUUGAUAGUCUCGACACGGAAACUAUUCUUUUUUCUGUGAAAUACGUAUGUAAACGAUUUAAUUUGAUUACUAUCAAUUAUAAUCGAUACAAAUUAAAUUUUAAAACAAUAUUUAAGCAUACUUUUCAUCAACUUUGUCGUAUUACUUAUCCGGAAAAUAUUAUUUCAUUGACUUUAUCGAAUGAAAAUCAAACACCAGGACAAAUUGAAUUAUUUCUUUCUCUCUAUCGUAUAGAAGAGUAUACUCGACUUCAAUCGGUAACUCUUAUGGCAAUCGAAGAAUAUUAUUUGAAUAUAAUUUUAAAACAUUUAUCUACUACCUGUUUAUUGAUAUCUCUGGUAAUUCAAUAUGAAUUAAAUUCUAUUCUGAGCACUGAAACACUUCUACUUCUUUCAUUAAUCAUUGGAAAAACUAGUCUUCGUAAACUUGAUUUAAAUUUAGGAUAUACAAUUCUAGACAAAUUCAAAUGGCCACUAGAUUGUUCAGUUCAAUAUCUUCGAUUGCCUAACCGUAUUCGAUUCGAUACAUUUUGUAUGAUUCUUCGUUGUUUACGUUCUAUUAAAACAAUGAUAUUACGAGACUGUAUAAUAAAUGAUAUUGAAGAGAUGAAUUAUUUAAUUUCUGAUAAUACAUUAUAUCGACAAUUGACUUCACUUACAUUCGAAGAUUGUGAUUUAAAAAUGACAUUGAUCGAAUCAAUUCUAUCUCUCACACCUUCAUUAAUACAUCUUACAAUAAUAGGUAAUAGUGAUGAUUUGUUUGAUGGUGCUCGAUGGGAAAAAUUCAUUCAAACAAAACUACCGGACUUAAAUAAAUUUCAAUUUGCUUUUCAAAGUAAUAUUAAUAUUAGUCAUGAUCCUAUUGGUUUAGAAGCACUUCUUAUAUCAUUUCAAACAUCAUUUUGGCUUGAAACAAAACAAUGGCUUGUUACUGCUUUAUGUGUUCAAAGUUCACAGUUUAUCAAUCUCUUUACAACACAAGAUUGUGUAUCAAAAAUUAACUUUCAUCCAAAAGCAAACAAAAUUGCACGUUCUACGGCUUCUAAAGUAAUCGAAGAUAAACUAACGAUGGAUAGUGUACGUGAAAUGAGUUUGGAUUUAAUGGAAAUGCAAGUUGAUAUCAUAGAAAAGAAAGAAAUAUCAAAUCACUGCUUAUUCAAUAGACUCACAAGACUUACACUUCAACUUCAUGAAGAUUGGCCGAAUGGUUCACUUAGACUUCUUUCAUCAUUCAUCGAUCUUUCAACGAUUACUGAACUCGUACUAGAUAUUAACUUCACACAAAGUGAUAGUUGCAAUACAACAACAUGUAUUAUUGCUUUACUCGAGCAAACAUCAAGUAUUCGAUCUCUCAUUAUCCUUAAUCGGCAUGUUUCUCUACAAACUAUCUGUUCAAUUGUAUCUAAUCGUGUGAAAAAUUUGCAAAUUCCUGUAAAUACUGUAGAAGAAACGAAAAUGAUUCUCAAACGAUUCAAUCAUUUAUUCAGUGUGACAUUUAAAUUUCUAGGAAAUUCUUUAAGUUCUAUUGCAGAAAUUAUUGAAUGGCUUGUUUCGAAAGGUAGAGAUUUUACAUAUCAAUCAACUCAAUGUUCACUCAAUUUGUGGCUUGGUACGAGUAAGGAACUAUUUCUAAAUUGA